ACAUCACUAACCACCUCUCUUAAAAGUUACUCCAUCCCACAUUCCCAAUUUAACAAUCAACUCAAGAACACAAAAUUCAGCAAAAAAAAAAUCCUAGAAAAAAAUAUGGCAGAUGAUUCUACGGAAACACUUCUCAAUUCAAUGACUAGCACCAUGAAUCCAUACGAAGUACUCGGGAUCAUUCACAACCCAGCUAUUGAUACUCUCACUAGAAACUCUCCAAAUCCAAUCACCAAUUCAAAUGAUGAUCCAGACACCAAAGAUAUUGAGUUAAACCCCAAACACAAAACCUAGAUCAGAAUUUUCAGACCAUCCGAAUCUCAACAUAACCAUGAACAACUUCUUCCACUGGUAAUAUACUUUCAUGGAGGUGGGUUCAUCUUAUAUAAUGCAAAUUCAACGAUUUUCCAUAACUUCUGCAAAUCCAUGGCGAAUCAGGUAUCGGCGAUAGUACUCUCCGUAGAGUAUCGUCUCGCACCAGAGAACCGACUACCGGCGGCUUAUGAGGAUGCCGUGGAAUCUCUAAUUUGGGUUCAAAACCAAGCUUUGGAUACCGUAAAUGGUGAACCAUGGUUGAGAAAUUAUGGUGAUUUCUCAAAAUGUUUCAUUAUGGGGUGUAGCGCAGGAGGAAAUAUUGCGUAUAAUUCAUGUUUAGGAGCAUCAGAGUUGGAUUUAGAACCAAUAAAGAUUUGUGGGUUAAUAUUGAACCAACCAUAUUUUGGUGGAGUAGAAAGAAGUAAAUCUGAAUUGAGAUUGGUUAAUGAUAAGUAUGUGCCUUUAGUUGUUAAUGAUUUGAUGUGGGAAUUAGGAUUACCAGUUGGGGUAAAUAGAGAUCAUGUUUACUGUAAUCCAUUUGUUGUUGGAGUCGAUGAGAAUUUAGAGAGGAAAUUAAGGUUUAUGAAGAAAUGUUUAGUUACUUGUAGCAAUGAAGAUCCCUUAAUUGAUAGGGAUAUCCAGUUUGUGAAGAUGUUAGAAGAAGAGGGUGUGAAAGUUGUGAGUUGGAUUGAGGAAUUUGGGUUUCAUGGCAUGGCACAUUCUCAUCCAGUGAAAGCUCAAGAAAUGCUACAAGUUGUUAGAGAUUUCAUAUUUUGUGAAGAUUGAGACGAUGUUAUUUGUCCACCCUUAUUUGUAAUUGGAAUGUUGUUAUCCACACAUCCAUGUAAUUUAUUUUUUUGGUUUCUAUAUCACUGUUUUAGAGCAA